AUGACGUCGAGCUCUCUUCGUUCCUCGUGGCGCUCGCCGCGCCACUCUGGCAAUGCAGACUGUCACUUAGAUCCUGCCGAGGCCAAAAAGCAGAUCGAUCGCAUCCCUCGUUUUCGCAUUCUUGUCUUGGGCAGAGCAAGUGCGGGUAAAACAACUGUUUUACAGCGGGUCUGUAGCACUACGGACCAGCCUGAGAUCUUCAAUGGAAAUGGAGAGAAGGUUGAUACUGGGGCAGUGCAGGGUUCACUGGGGCGUCGCUAUCAUAACAUUGAGAAUGAGCUAGUGUUUAAAAGUAACCCGGGCUUUGUGUUCCGUGACUCAGUUGUACUUGAGGUGGGGAGCUCGGCAGAGUUUGAUAGGGUGCAGAAAUUUGUUACAGAUCAGGCAAAGUCUACGGAACUGGAGAAGAGAAUACAUGCAAUUUGGUAUUGCAUUCCUUUGAGUGACAUCCACAGGAUGGUCACAGGUGUUGAAAGGAAGUUCUUUAAUGCAUGUGAUUCGGGACAUGUUCCUGUGAUUGUGCUACUAACAAAGGCUGAUGCCUUACAGCUUUAUGCAUUCAUGGAGCUUGAGGACAAUGGAUUAACUGUAGAUGAUGCACGGGAAGAAGCACCAGUGGCAGCAAAACAGUUGCAGAAGCAAUGUCUGGAACAGAUCCAAGGGCAGCUGAAUGGACUGAAGUUUCCACCUCAAACCUAUGUGAUACUCACUGACAUGCAACAGGAGAGUGCAGAUUGUGAAGAGUUAUUGAAAUGCACAGCAAAUGCUUUGAAAGAGGAAGAGCUGCAACAACUGCUUAUGUCAUCACAGUGGUCAAACUUGGGACUCUGCAUGGAAUUUGCCAUAAUGAAGACAUUGAGGGGGAGCAUGAAACAUGUGGCUGGUCAGAUUGAACUGGACAGCUUAGCAUGUGCCCUUUCAAUGUGGUUCCCAUUUGAGGUGUGUGAAAUUCUGCAAGUGUAA